AUGGAAUACCACAUGUUUCAUUUCUGGAUUUUCCUGGUGAAAUUCAACUGUAGCCAAUUUCACAUUUUUAUGUAACCGUCAUACUUGAAGCAAUAGGCUUCCGAAGAAGUUUUCUAGCAAAAUAAAAAAUAAAAACAGACAUAACAAAAUGUAUUUAAACCCAUUGGACAUACAUUAUUGUCAAGAUUCCAUCAGUAACACAUUUUCAUCUGGAGCAAACAUAGGAGAUGUACUUGACGAUGUAUGCGACGGAAGGACUCCCUUGUCAAGCUUUCCAAAGAUUGCAGUGAAUAAAAAGAAUUCCAAAUGGUACACCACCGAUAAUAGACGUCUUUGGGUUUUUAGACAACUUCGCAGACUGGGGAAAUGCGGGGAAAUCCCCGUGGUUAAGACUGGAUCUAUUUCGUCCGAAAAAAUGACAACGAAUAAUGACGGUGUGGAGAUUGAAGUCCGUGGUGGGAUUUACGGGGUGUGGUUUUGGAAGCCUAACGGAGCAGGAUCGAACCCAAAUGGCACAUACGCAUGUACAUGGCCCGAAAAUAGUGUGCCAGUCUACCUUCAUUCUUUUAAAUACGACAACGACUCGGAUGAUUCUGACAGUGAUGGGUACUUGUGAUUAAAUCGUACACAAAUACUUUCACAAGACAGAGGCCGGUGUUUUAUUGUUUGUUUGUAUUAUUGUUGUUGUUGUUGUUUUUUGCUGUUGUUUUUUUCGUUUUUUUCUUUGUUUGUUCCAAGUAGUUUCAAAAUCCCCUAAUUGUUGACCUUUGAUCUCCAAGUGUGACCUUGACCUUGAAGGUUGGUUUAUUGUUGAAGAGUUUAUUAUAUCAAGAUAUUAAUACUAAUUUUAAAAUCUUAAUUUUUAUCAAUGUGAUUGUUUUUAUUUUAUUUCUUUUUAUUUUUACAUUAAAACAUGUAUAUUUUUGUAAAUUUUAUUGCCUCUCGCCUCUGUAGGUGCAAGUUUAUAGUUUUUAUAUCUAAUAAUAGGUUUGUCGAUAAGAUAAUGAUUUUAAAUCAACAAAAUGUUGUUCGAUUCUUUUAUCAAUAUUUAUCCUUAUGAUUUUUAUAGAGAUAUUUAUGUUUUAUAAUUUAGUAUGCAUGCAAUAUAUAAUUUCGCAAUGUAUGUACAACAAACUGUGAUAUCCGAGGCAGAGUGAUUAAGGUCGCCAACUUUAUAUUAUUUGCACAACACCGUUGUUGGUUCGAGUCCCGUGCCAGAUUAAUAAUAUCUGUCAUAUUUUGCGGUUCGGAUCGAAAUAUCCGUCCGGAGGUGACCCGUCCUUUGGGUGGUAACGAGGCUUGCCGGGUUACCGCCCAUGGGCGGGUGACCAAGGGACGGAUAUUCUAAUUCGAACCGCAAACAUUUGUCAGAUAUUUUUUCUUGCAUAUUCUACCAUAUUCCAUUAUAUUUUAAAUCCUUUAUCUUUAUUUUCAAUGGAAAUUUUUAUCAUUACAAUCGUAACUACUUUCUUACAACAGCGUACGAAUUACAACUUCAUUCAUAACCAUCCUAAGCGUGCCAUUGUACAGCACGCGACUCAUCUGGCACCCCCCAUGCCAGAUGAAAUUUCCGGCAUGGGUAAAACUCACGGAAACGCCACUCUGAUAUGCAAGAAACUGAAACUGAAUUCUUAUAUCUAGCUAGCUUAUAUAUAUUUACGGAAAUAUCGGCGGUUCUACGCAGGUCCUUCUUCGUCGGUAGAAGUUGAAAUGCCACCAAAUGACAAUUUAAAAACAGUGUUAAUGUAUAACUAACUUAAAAUCCAAACAAAAAAUAUGAAAAACUAUUAAGUCGCACGGUUUUAAUGCACAUACACAAAAAGUUUGUACAUACAGUCAAUUGGCAAGGCCAUGUGAGAUUAUCAGACUUUUAAAAAGUGUCAUUUAAACAUUUUGUAAGAAAUUGGCAUGAUUUGUAAAAAAUGCAUACCCUAUUAUUACGUUAAUACAUUGUUUCGUGGUUUUCAGCUACAUCUGUGUUGGUGGGUGUAUUUGUUUUAAUUGUUUUGUUAUUUUUGAGAUAUAUAUUUUUAUAUUUAGGGAAAAUAUAUAUGUUUGUUUAAUUUCCUUUCCGAUAAAUAUAUUUUCUGAAAACGUGUUUUUCGAAAACGAACGGUUAUCUAAAUAUAAUUAUGUUGAUAUAGUUUAAGGUUAUUUAUAGCUAUUGAUGUACAUGUAUUUCAAAUACCUAACAUUUUAUUUUAUACUAUCUAUGUUUAGUUUAUUUACUUACCGUGUUAUUUAAUAUCACAACAACGUUAUAAUUUAGUUUAAUUAAUAAAUUACUUAAUGAAUUUAUUUAUUUUGAUAAUUUAAUAAAUGAAUAAAUUAAUUGUUUGAUUAAUUAAUUGAUUGAUUGAUUGACAUUCUUAUCAUUAAAUAAUUUAUUUCUAAUAAUCUAUUUUUUAUAUUUAUUUUCUUUUGCAGAUGUAACUGUCAACAUUUUUUAUAUAAAAGACAUAUUGUGAUAUUGACUGCUUUUUUAACAUGGUGUUAUUCUGUGAUUAGUUAACAAAAAAAAACGCACUCAUUCGUGGUUAUAAACAUAAAUACCAUUAAUUUUGUUGAGCGUUUUUAAGUCUUUACUUUAAAGCUGUUUAAGGUCAAAUUAUGAUUUGAUGAUUUACCACAAAUUAUAUUUAGUGUCCAAGUUUAAUGUCCAAAUUUUGUUUGACACUAAAUAUGUAAGUAUUCAUCGGUAUUUAUUUCAAUUUAUUUUUGGAAACUGUAAGUUACUAACAGAUUUUUUGAAAAAUAAAAAUGAUAGCAUUUCUGAGGCAGAAUUGGCCUUUAAGGCAAUAAUGGUCUUCUAUCAUUUGUUACAUAUACAUGUAUAAUUGAUAUUGUGUCAUAAUUUUUUAUCGCAUGUUAUAUGGUUUCAUACGUUUUUCUCUGGAAUAUAUAUACUCAUUGUGAUUUUGUCUGUGAUAAUCAAACGUUUUAUUGUUUGUUGUUGUUGUUGCUGCUGCUGUGUAUUAAAAUCAUGUGAUAAGCACCUCUUCAAUAUUUAGUGUUUUCUUUAUUAAUAAAGUUUAUUU